AUGAAAGUUCAACCACUUGAUAUCAAAAAUAAAAAGAACGAGUUGCACUCAUCCGUUCGUAGCUUAGUGCACCAAUAUCGUUGGUUUGGUUUCUUCCCAGUAGAAGGACUUGCUCAAGAAGAUCCAUUUAAACUCAGAUACAACUUGAAAUCCUCUUAUACUAUUUACUACGUCCUAUCCUUCAUCGGACAAAUAUUGAUGACGUUAUUUUCUUUAUUCUGGUUCAUGGAAAGAAGCAAGACUUUGGGCACUUUAUCUUAUUUCCUAUUCUACGGCGAUGCUCUAGUAGGAAUAGCGUGUUCAAUAAAAUUGGCUAAGAGUUGGCCGAACCUUAUGUGCAAGGCCGCGAAAUUAGAAGAGAAUUUGGCCGAUAUCAGAAUUAGCAAGAGUAUACCUACAAAAUGUUACAUUAUAGCACAUUUCGUCAUGGCUUUGGCCUACUUAGAACAUUUCUUAUGCGAAGUGUAUAAUGGCAUGGUGGCUAUGAAGUGUGUGGGGGCGACUACACCGAAUAUACUUGUAGUGAGAAAGUAUUUUCACUACAGAUACUACUAUGUAUUUGACUACGUGGAGUUGAACCCGGUGACAGCGAUACUGGCAGAAGUGAUGUGUUUCCAAUCGACUUUUGUUUGGAGUUUCGUGGAUGUGCUAAUCAUCUGUAUUAGUAUCUACUUCACGUCUUACUUCAAUGAUCUGAACAAAGCUAUCAAGUCGUAUAAACAACAGGAUAUAAUACCUUGGGGUAAAAUACGGGCUCAAUAUUCUGAAUUAGUGAUACUAUUGAAGGAGAUCGAUUUACGGCUGAGUUGGAUUUUGAUGAUGUCAUUCUUUUCUAAUCUUUUUUUCCUGUGCUUUCAACUCUUCAACUCAUUACACGCCAUGCCCUCAUCAGAAUCUUUAGUAUACUCCUUAUUUUCAUUCACAUUCCUAGUGGUGCGGUCCCUCACAUUGUGUGUUGUAGCAGCAAACGUACAUAAAGCUGCUCAGGGUCCGUUAUUGGCCUUGUAUGAAGUACCAAGUUCAGUUUAUAAUAUCGAGGUACAGCGUUUCCAACUUCAACUGCGUUACACAACCAUCGGCCUGAGUGGAUUGUUUUUUUACGUGACUCGAAAGACGAUUGUGAAGGUUAUAGGGACGAUAAUAACGUACGAGCUGAUUUUGUUACAAUUCAACAUGAACACUACAUUGCUAUACUCUGAAACUAGUGUCGUACGCACUAAUGUUACUUUACUUUAG